UAAUUAAACUAUACUAAUGUAGAAUAAUGGACAUUUAAGACUGGCCUCAGAAAUAACUCCAACACCUUAUGAAGGACCUGCCUCUGGAGUUGUUUAUCCAUAACUUCCAAAUCCAAAUAUGUAGAUUGGAUAACCAAUUCAACCAAUAGUUCCAACUCAACAAUAUGUAAGAUAAAUCCCAUACUAAUAAUAACAAUAUCCAUAAUUUUAAUAACAACAAUAAGUUACUUACAAUCCUACAGCUAUCUAAUAAGGUAUUAAUCAAAAGUUAUUUAAAGUCUAACCAGUUUAUUCUAAAUAUCCUCAUAUGAUUACAUGUGCUUAUUGUCAAAGACAAGUUUAAACACAGGUUACCUAUGAAGUUGGAACUGGAGCUUAUGCUGCUGGUGGACUUUUGGCUGCUGUUGGUCUUUGGUUAGGGUAAUUUUUAAAUUGAAUUUUUAGAUGUUGUUUAAUUCCAUUUUUUGUCAAAGAUUGCAAAGAUGCAGUUCACUUUUGUCCUUCAUGUUAGGCUAAAAUAGGUAAAAAGAGAUUCUUAUUUGAUUGAUAAUAAGAAUAGAUUUACAGCAAAUUAU